AUGGGAGACAUUGCCAACGGCGAACAAGCAACGAUGCCAUCUAUUGAAUCAGCCUCUCCUCUCAGAACUCCCACAGAGGAAGAAAUCCCUCCGGUUGUCUCCAAUGACGUGGACCCUGACCUUGAGAUGGAAGAAGUGCACCGAAUGAACCCACGCAAAGAGCUCCUCGACGACGGUUUCGUUACGCUCUCGGAAGCACAGGGGGCUGUAAACGAUAUGACAAUCCAGUUGCAAUAUGUCACCAAAAUGGAGCUUUUCUUUAAGCAACUGUUGGCCCGAAAAAAGGAUAUCGAAAGCCUUGUGGCUUCUCAUUGCGGGCUGUCGAAUACUGAGCUAGUCCGGAUGGCGGACCCUAUCGGGCCGGACAAGAAGAAAGCCUGGCCAAGGGGAUGCUUCAACGUGUGCAUCCCCAUCGAAAUCAACAAUGUCGGGCUAAAUUUGCCUGCGAAAUUGGCGUUCAGGGUACCUCUUCCAUUUAUGCUUGGUGAAGAGCAUUUUCCUGGUAACGAGGAGGAAAAGGUGCGCACCGAGGCUGCAACGUACAUCUGGAUCAAAGAGAACUGUCCGGAUGUCCCGAUUCCGAAGUUGUGGGGCUUUGGGUUGCCUGGCGGUCGAAGUUUUUUUCUCCCGCCAGCCGUCUCUUUGUGGCAGAGAUGUACAACCUUUUUUCGGCGGCUAGUUUGUCGCCUAAACGGCAGCCCGCGGUUUAGUGAAUAUAUCCCGCAACCACGAAGCUGGCUCACUGAGCGCGGCUAUGUGCUCAUUGACUGGGUUGGGGACGACGGCACCCGAAUCCUCUCCGACACAUUUUACAAGCCGCACACCAAAAAGCAAACCCGCAAUCUCUAUCGAAGUUUGUCUAAAAUCAUGCUUUCAGUCGCCAGGAUUCCGCAGCGGCGAAUUGGUUCGUGGUGCAUCGAUGAUGAAGGCCGAAUCAGCUUGUCCAACCGUCCUCUGUUCAGUCAUCUUCAUCAAUUUGAAAAUGAAGGUGUUCCGGGUGGCAUCCGACCAAAGACUACUUAUAAUAAUGCGGAAAGCCUCUACCUUGACAUACUGGAUAGCCAUGACAAUCGUUUGCGCGAGAAAAUGAAUGCCACUCCGGAUGAGCUUGAAACACGUUCACAGGCCAAAGACAUUUUACUUAUGCGAGCGCUACUGCGCCAAUUUACCGACCGAAGACUCGCCAAUGGCCCUUUCGCCAUGCAGUUAACUGAUGUUCAUGCUAGCAAUAUCUUUGUUGACAAAAACUGGAAUAUCAAGCAUCUCAUUGACAUCGAGUGGGCAUGCUCUCUCCCCGUGGCCAGCCUACUACCCCCGUUCUGGCUGACCAAUCGAUAUCCCCUCGAGCUUUGCGGACCGGAGGUUGACAGGUUCAAGUUGUGCUACGACGAAUUCAUGGACAUAUUCGAGGAGGAGGAGGAAAUCACACCAUUAUACUACAAGGGACGCUGCCAUUACAGGGCUCCAGCAAUGAGAACAGCUUUAGACAGUGGCCGCUUUUUCUAUUACCACGCCCUCCAAAUCCCUCUCGGAAUUCACGACAUCUUCAGAGACCAGUUGGAACCAAAAUACGACGAAGCGCCCCGAGACGCGAUUAUAACAGGUGUAUCUACAUUCUGGGCCCCCAAAAUGAAGUCAGUCGUGGCCUCCAAGAUUAGGGAUUUUAAAGAUUACCAAGGCCGAGUUCGCCGCGUAUUUGAGAGUACAAGGAGUGGGAUCCCAUACAUCGACGCAGAGAAAAUAAAGCCCAACACACGUAAGUAA